UUCUGUUUCGGUGGUCCUGCCAGCGAGUUUUCACCAUGAAGCUGUCCGUGUGUCUGCUGCUGGCCGUGAUGGCCGCAGUCUCUGCCGACGAGGGCUUCUACCAGCCCCAGGCCGUGGCCCAGUCGGCCCCCGGUGCCUACAAUAACUACUACGAGCAGCAGUAUCAGCCUACUAGGCGUCAAGGAUGGUUCGACAGACUUCUUGGAGGAUUUGGAGGAUCUAACCGACGUCAGGGCAUUGCAGGUCUCCUUGCUGGUAUUGGUCCGAUCGGCGCGGUCGUCGGCGUCGUGGUUGCCGUUGUUGUUGUCGUCGCUGUCGCCGCGGCCGCCACUCAGCUCAGCCAGUCCGGCAGAGGUCUGGACAAUGACGAGUGGGAGGUGGACCACUCGGUCUGGAUGAACCAGCUCCAGAGGGACUUUGAAGACUCGUGGUCACAGUAAAACUGUGUUUUUAGGUGAUGAUAGGCCAGCCUCAAAUGCAAGAACCGAUACAAAUGGUGCUUCAAUAAUCAUCAUGUCAAAAUGAUGCGAAUGGUUCUUUUGACUCAAUGUUCUUUCCACAUGCUCACAUGCUCAAUUAUUAGUUACAUUAUAUUGGCAAACUGUUCUCAUUGUUAAUUAUGUUGUUGGUGUUGUUAUGCGUUACUUGUUGUCGCGAGGCUGUUUUCGUGAUAUGAAAGGCAAUCGAGUUGCAACUUGCUUGUCACGGAUAACAGUUUGCGAAGGACUUAUAGGUGAGUCCUGAAUAGUCAAAUGUCGCAUGCCAUUCAUCCACUGCAUAACAUUCGUGAAAUGGUUAACGGCUGCAAUUCAUGUAUCAAUAAAGUCAUGACAUUGUUGUA